AUGAUCACCAGGUACAUGACCGAGGUCACGACCAAGUUCAACCCCUUCUCGCCGCGCGCAAAGGUCGCCCGCACUUUCCUCGCCAUGCUGCCGCCUGAUGCGCGCUUGACUAUGAAGAUCAGCUCCACGGUUCUGCCUAGGAUCAGCACGGAGCCUCCCACGCUGUCCUUGAAAUUCAAGGACGGAAAGGAAAUGGCGCUUAACCUGGAGAAGCUCAAGAUCGGAGAAGUGGAGGAAGAGGUCAACAGGCAUUCGCGUAAGCUUGCUCGCGAGGAAGAGUUGAACGGUUAA